AUGCAGCCGCUUCGUCGCGCCGAUGGUCCUCGUCGCCCCCUCUUCUUGCACCCGGAUAAUUACUGCCAGAAAGUCCUUGAUGCGAAAAUCGAGACUUUCGAGGCCAAAAAUUACUUUACUGCAAUGCCACGGGCUCGAAAAGGGCUCCUCAAGGGCGAGUUGAUACUCAAGGUAAGCGUCAGGCUUACUGGCAAGGCCUUGUACGGCAACCCGACGGCUGCGAUCCGCGGCGAUGCCGGCGGGUUUCUCACUCGGAAGCAGCCGGGCCAGAAGUCCGUCGCCGAGAAGACCAACGUGGAUGCCGACAGCUUCACGCUGUACUCCGUCGUCGCUACAGCAGCGCUGGUUCGCUUCUACGUAACAAGUGAGCCAACCUGGAGCGACACCGAUGGGCGCUGGGACGUCAACGAUUUCGUCAACGGUUUACUCAAGUCAAUGCGGCAGAAGCCCAACUGGGCUAUGAAGCUGAGGUCUUGGUGA